AUGGCAGACACAAGCAAACGGGCAAGUGGAGUGAUGCACAUCCCUGGUACGUCGUCGCGCCGGCGAUCUCAGGCGAAGAAGGGAGUGACACCCCAAACGAGACCUUCUGGAGGACCUGUCAGCGCUCCCGGAACGGUAAUACACCCUUUGGGGGCUUCCACAGGGAAUCGACAACCUAUCACUGGAUCGAGGGGCAGCGAUGCGGAGCCAAUCCAAGACCGGAUUCAUUCAUCUACCAUCUUGGCGCCUCCCCAAUUUGAACCAUCAGAAUUUGUGCCUCUCGCAGAAAAGUGUCACUCGCAGCGUCUUUCUGGCGUCGUCCGGCCGCUUGUUCAAUCAAACUCCAUUGCGGGUGGCCCGAGAACAACCAGCCAUGCAGGGCUCAUUAUCCCACAGCUGUUCAACCCUUCAGUCUUCAGCCAUAGGACGCAAUACAUGCGUUCGGCGCAGCAUGUUGUAUAUCGGCCAAAUGCAUGCCCUUCAGGCCCGAGCCCUGUAAUUGCUAGCAUGUCGGCUCCCCGUAGGGCAGCAGUGUUUGCAGCCAGUACACUAGGGGCUGCUUACCUGCCAUAUGUCUCCACAAACAGCGCCACACUAGCAUAUUCAACUGACCUUCAAGCAGGCAUUCGCUUUCAGCAGCUCCAAAGGGAAGCAGGCGGGAGAAAUGCGCCAAGUGAAUCUAAGAGCUUGAGCAGCUCUUCCAUCAAAGGUCUCGGUAGUUCCCCUGAUCUUUCAGCUUGCGAAUCCCCUAAGUUCGUCGCUGCUGUGUCUCAUGGCAGAACAGCAACUACAGACUUUUCUCCCCCUCCUUCUGAUGGAAUACCCUCCACACCUGAGAGCCAGCAGUCGUUCGCCAACCAGUCAAACAGAGCCUCAUUGGCAUGUUGUGGCAUGGAUCUACAGCCAGUGAGCAUCUGUCAGCUUUUCUUAUGUGAGACCAAAACACCAUGCUCCACGACUAGCUCUUCGUCGCCCCCAGCCAAGCCGGCGUUGCCUGCCAAGCAAGCAAAUUGCCAUUCAGCGAUACAGCAGCUGCAAAACGCCGAGGAUGAGGCUACGUCCUUAGUUCUGGCGGCACAGGAUCGGGCCAGCGCCCUGCGUGCACAAGCAAGAGCACAAGCGGAGACCGAGGGUCAGCGACUUAGAAGCUCUAUGGAGGCUUCGUUGGAAGCGAUUGCCGAAAAACACAAGAGGGAGCACGAAGCGGAUCGACAGGUCUGUUCUCAAGAGGAAGCAGAAGUGGGUGGCAUACUGGAAAGGGAUAAGAGUGCCAAUCUACCAAGAACUGUUGCAAUGAUUGUCGAUCUGGUGCUGAAUGUUGAUGUCCAGUGCCCGAUUGAGGCAAUUAAGCUCUUUUGUUAUCCUGAGAAAUUGCUGGCAUUCAAGGAGAGAGCAGCAUUUCUACACCACCCCAGUGGCGAACUGUUGUUACGUACAGAGGACCACAUUACUUGGGAUCAGGAAGGCCGCGCUCUCCUUGAAAGAGACGCCCUCCGUCACAGGCACAGCUUUGGUUCCUUCUGGACAAGGCACCAAAGUAGAGUGCAUGCUUCUGAUCGUCCUGCCGUGUUGGUUAAAACCCCUUCCUUUGUGGAUCCUUUGGACAGAGACAUGAAUCGCCGACUCCCGACACUCUGGGAACCCCAAGGAACCACCGAAUUCGUGUCCUUCAAGCUCCCAGAUUUUGCGCUUUCAUCACCCAGCUGCUCGCCGAGCGAGAGCGAAUCUCCGGCUCUCAGUGUCAGCGAACAAGUGGGCCCUUUAGAAGGUGCCAUCCAGGGCACUGCGACUCCUGAUGUCCUGCCUACAAACGGCGCAACCACUUCACCAAACGCAGGCCGGGUAUCGAAACUCGGUAGCGGCGCGACAGAAUAA